AUGGACAAAGCAGAUGCUGAAAAAAAUAGCGUAUCUUUGAGUGGUGGAAGUGGAACGACGGAAGCAGACGCUUUUGCUGCGAAUUUGAACUUCCCUGCGACCUAUGAAGUGGCAAAUCUGUCACCGUUGCGAGACAAUCACUCGGCGUAUCCGUCGGUCGCAAAAACGUGUCUUCAAUUGAAUCAAUAUGCUAUGAAUGGAUCAUCUUCGUCAAUGGAAGACACCAAUUCCGUUCAGUCAUCUUCGCUGUUUCAUGAUGCUUCCUUUGUAAACACUAUGGGUGCUGAGGAUGGGGCAUUUGCUGCAUUGAUUGAGUGCAUUCAGACACACGAUGAUCGCAGAGCAAAGAUUGUUGCGUGUAAAACUCUGGCACUUAUAGCAAGAGCAGCCUAUGCAAGAAUUCGGCACUCGCCUCGUUUAUUUGCACUAAGAGAGUCUACAAACACGCGGCUUGAAGACGAAGUCGGAACUGAUGUGCCGAUGGCACUUGCUUCUGUUGCGUUGGAAGAUCCCGACGACGGUGUAGCUGCCGCUGCAUUAAAUGCUCUUGGAAUUAUGACGCUAUCAUCCUCUUCCAUUCCAGGUAGUAUGGUGGAGGACGAACUUCUUCGGGAAGUCAUGUCAAUAGUCCACGGUCGUCCGUCGCCACAUUCACCUUCGCUCGGAGUUUUGCAAGAUCAAGAAUCCAAUUUACCCCAACUAGAAUUACAAGCCAGAAUAUAUGAUAAUGUCAUGGCUCCCCGGUUAAUGCAACUUGUUGGUAGGGUCACUACAUUCGAUACUUCGAACCACGUUCGGAUCGUUUUGCCAGUUCUCACAGCCAGUCUAGUACAUUUAUCCAAGACGUCACCGCCUGUACUGUAUGGAAUGGAUCGAACAACCUAUGCAAAGAGAUGGAUCGAGUAUGAUUUUGUCAAUCUCGUGAAUGAAAUGGUCGAUGUUCUGCUACUGCCAACAAUGAUGAACUCUUACGAGGCUCAGCUUGCCCUUGCGGCCUCCAUGUCAGCAAUUCGGUUGAUUGGCGCUUGCCCACACGCUCCCUGGGUCCCUGAAACCUCCCACUGGAGUAUUGUGGUCUUGAAGGAACAAGCUGGUUCAGCCGAUAACGAGGAGGCAAAGUUGACUGCGCUGGCAAGCUUAUUGGUUUGUAGCCGAGCUGUACCAUUGCCCGAACGACUUUCCACAUUGGAGUUCGUCUUCUCCUUACUUCUUAGUUUGCGAUCCACCUCAAUUGCACCAUAUGGAGUUAAUUCACCUGGGCUCAUGCUUGAAUUUGGGGGGAUUCGCCACUACCGACGGCCAACUAGAGUAGCAUUCCUGACAGAAGUGGCCCUCUCUUUCUUCGUCGAUGGCGCAGUCGAUUCGUCAAAUUCUCGAUCUCUCGCAUUGGAAUCCUUCCUAAGAUCGAAUCUUGUCUCAAUCCCGAUCAAUGAAUUGGCCAGAGACGGUGAUAUUAUUCAGCCUGGUGAGGAGAUUGUGGCAGCAUUUUGUUCCGUGGCAAUAGAGACCGGACGCAAAUUUAGGAGCCUUGAUGGAGGUACUUCAGUGAGUGGUGAAAAGUUCCAUGAAUGGGUGUGCAUGUCACUCGCUCUCUUGAAAGCUUUUUUGCCAUGUGUUACUUGGCAAGAUUCGUCACCGGUUUUCAUGGAGGAGGAACUAAAUGUCCUAGUCGCUGCGCAAACAAAUUAUGUUGGAUUGUUCAUGGACUUGCUGCACUCAAGUGGUUUGUUGAAGUCGAAAAGUGUAUCAUUGAAGAUGUCACCGUCUGCCUCGCCUCCAAACAUGUUAUGGGACCAGUUGGAGGAAGCAGCUACAUUUCUUAGCAAGCACGAACCCAUCGCCCCCCUUUCAUCGACUGAAUUGGAGUUGCUAUAUGCCAUUAUAACGGAGAUCACGGGGAAAGAACUUCGGGGACGUGGGGUAGUAUCGCACCAUAUGCGGCUUUUCUUGCUGUCAUUUUCUGUUGAUCAGUGGAUACAAACGCAGCACCUCUCGCUGAACGCUGGUCAAAAGGAUUUGAAGGACAAGAUGGCAAAAGAUCUGCUACAAGCCCUUUCUCCCCGUCGGAUAUUUGGAAAGCUUGUAGAGAGCAACAAGAGCCAAAUUGAUCAAUACUCGAAGAAGAAGAAAGAGUCUUACAAAAAGUACGCGCAAGAGACAAUAACUGUUUGCGUUGCGUUAAUCGAAAACUUGGCUCUUUUUGUAUGCAAUUACAAGGGAAAGUUCGGGAAGAGUCCCGAAACUACAAGCAUUUUGAAUCAUGCAAUUGCUUCUCUCCAAGGGAAGAGUGAUGCCGAAUCGGACGCUCCUGUUCUGCCAGUUUGCAAAGCAGCCAUCGAUAGAAUCCAGACUGCUGUUCAGAGUAGUCGGAGCUUGCAAGACGGUCCUUCUUUCUCGCUUUUGAUACCACCAGGGCCUUUGAAACGACGCCCAGUGGUCACUGCGAGCAGAUCACAGCAAAGUGACGACGCCUACAACGUUGGAUAUUUGAUGCAGCUGACGCGUCAGAUUGUUGCAACUCGUAUUGACAGUUGCUUGCUAUCGUUUCCUUCUGUCUAUCCAUUUCCAGCAGCAGCAAGGAAGCAGAACUGGCUUCGAUUGAAUCUCCCUCCACUACCUUCUUCGAGGAACCCCAAACUCCCAGUUACACGCGAUUCAGAGUACUCCUGGGGUUCUCAAGUUCGCUCUCUAUCUGGAGGAUCAGAUGCAGCCGCAGUGGCACUUUCGCAUUCAAUGAGGCGUAUUCUUCGUUAUGAUGGCGAAGAGGAGUUUCGUUUUAUUGUUUCGAUGCGUGUCCAUAACAUAACUGCCGUUGUGGUACCAGAUGGUGUUCGUCUGGAACUUGGAAUCCACCACGAGAAUGCAGCAACGAGUGCAGAUGCUAUGGAUGCAGUGUCGCAGGAUGUAUAUCAUGCUUUGGCCGAAAGCAAUGCUGAUCCUUUUGGUGAAUCCUCAUUGACAUCGGCCACAGCGUUGUACAAACCAGAACUAAAGAGUGGUGAGCACAUCACCUGGGAAGUGGCUUUAGACGUUCUACCAAUGACAGGUUCGAUAACUAUCAACCCUUCAAUUGUAUUUCGGUCAAUGGAACAAGAGCCCACUCAUGCCUCUUGGAUCGGUGGAGAGAACAAAGACGACAUCGGUGAUGGUGAGAACUCGAGCACCGGGAAGGGUGUCAAGGGAAGCCGCAGCAAAAAGCAAAAGGGUUCAUUGAAGGAGCAUUUAUGUAUACCGUGUGAGCCCAUCCUUUUAUCCCCCAUGAUUGGUCUGCAGCCUUGUCCUUUUGUCUUCUUCAGAGAUGGAAGUGGUGAUGUCGAUUCCUUUAGAUUUCUUUGGUCCCGAGUUCCUUAUCAAGUUCCCCCAAUGAAGGUUGGUGGUGUCAAUGAUACAGCGAGUACACCACACAAUGGAUCACGUCUCGCUGCAAUUUCAACUUUACGAUUUCGCGGGGAAGCAAUCCCUGGUGGUUUGGUGACAAAGCUGUGGGCUUUCAUGUCUUUAGGUGGCAAAAGGGCUCUUUUUGUGAUGGCUGAAUCUGAGGACGACAAAACGAUUCAUAUUCGAGGAGAUGACAAGAGUUUACUAUCUUGUCUAGUCGGGACGAAGAAGGCACGCUGCGCUGUGGCUGCCGCCCUUGAACCUGGCUCCCAACCACUUGAAGUAUAG